CGCGCCUUCAUGCGAGGUGACUUCGCUUCGCCGUGUGUCAUUAUAAAUCAAAGUUUUUAUGUUUUUUCUCGAAUUAUCGCAUUUAAAUCCAUUUUUAAUCUCUGAGUGAUAUUAUUGUGAUUAUGUGCUGUUAUCUUUUGAGUGGCGGAGGCGUACGAUAAGGGUGUUGUUGCAUGGUGGGGGUAAGGAGAAGGUGCAGUCAUGGGAGACAGUUUCUUGCACCUGGGGGACAUUGUCUCCCUGCACGCGGAGGGCACUGUAUCAGGAUUCCUCAGUACCUUAGGGUUGGUAGAUGACAGGUGUGUGGUUUGCCCGGAAGCGGGGGACCUGACUGAUCCGCCCAAAAAGUUCCGGGAUUGCCUGUUCAAAAUAUGCCCUAUGAACCGUUACUCCGCUCAGAAGCAGUUCUGGAAUACAGCCAAACAGUCCGCAAAUUCAAACACCGACACAGGACUACUCAAGAGGUUGCAUCACGCUGCUGAGAUAGAAAAAAAGCAAAAUGAGUUGGAGAACAAGAAGCUACUGGGGACUGUCGUGCAGUACGGAAGCGUACUACAACUGCUGCACGUCAAGUCUAAUAAAUACCUUACCGUUAAUAAAAGACUGCCCGCGUUGCUGGAAAAGAACGCCAUGCGUGUACACCUUGACGCCAACGGCAACGAGGGUUCUUGGUUUUACGUUAUGCCCUUCUACAAAUUGCGUUCCACAGGCGAUAACGUGGUAGUCGGAGACAAGGUAAUCAUGAACCCCGUUAACGCCGGCCAACAAGUCCUACACGUCUCAUCUAAUCACGAACUGCCUGAUAACAUUGGCUGUAUGGAGGUGAAUGUAGUCAACUCCUCGACGUCAUGGAAAGUGACGUUGUUCCUAGAACACAAGGAGAAUCAGGAGGAGAUCCUGAAGGGUGGUGAUGUGGUGAGGCUCUUCCACGCUGAACAGGAGAAGUUCCUCACCAUGGAUGAGUACCAGAAACGGCAGCACGUGUUCCUGAGGACCACGGGACGAUCUAGUGCUACUGCCGCGACCAGCAGUAAGGCGUUGUGGGAGAUUGAGGUGGUACAACACGACCCGUGCCGAGGUGGCGCCGGGCACUGGAACUCAAUCUUCAGGUUCAAACACCUCGCCACCGGACACUAUCUAGCUGCUGAAGCCUGUAAUAGGCCUCCUGACGCGGCCGUGGACCCAUGCGAGCCAGCAUACCAGCUGGUAUCAGUGCCGCACUCCUCCGAGAUCGCCACGCUGUUCGAACUGGACCCCACCACCAUGACACAUUCCGACGCUCCAGUUCCUCAGAGCAGCUAUGUCAGGCUCCAACACCUUUGCACGCACACGUGGGUACAUUCUACUGCUAUUCCCAUCGACAAGGAUGAGGAGAAGCCUGUCAUGUCCAAGGUGGGCUGUUCCCUCGUCAAAGAAGACAAGGAAGCGUUUGCAUUAAUAUCGGUGUCGCCGAGCGAGGUUCGAGAUCUCGAUUUCGCUAACGACGCCUGUAAAGUGCUCUCGGCCUUGUCCACCAAACUGCAGCACGGGAAUAUAGAACAUAAUGAGAGGAAAGCUCUGACCUGCCUAUUGCAAGACAUAGUGUACUUCAUAGCGGGCUUCGAGAACGAGCCCAACAAGUCGGAGGCGCUGGAGCUGGUGGUGGAAAACCCCAACCGGGACCGGCAGAAGUUGCUCCGGGAGCAGUACAUACUCAGGCAGCUCUUUAAGAUAUUACAGGGUCCGUUCCAAGAGACGACUGAUGGUGAAGCGUUCUUGAAGAUCGAGGAGUUGUAUGACCCUCGAUAUGCUGCCUAUAAGUACAUCUUUCGUCUGUGCUACAGGAUCCUGAGACUCAGCCAACAGGACUAUAGAAAGAACCAGGAAUAUAUAGCAAAACACUUCGGCUUUAUGCAGAAGCAAAUCGGUUACGACAUAUUGGCAGAGGACACUAUCACCGCCCUGCUUCACAACAACAGGAAGCUUUUGGAGAAGCACAUCACGGCAUCCGAGAUUGAGACCUUUGUCGGUUUGGUCCGCAAAAAUAUGAAAACAUGGCAGUCUCGAUUCCUGGACUACCUGAGCGACCUCUGCAUUUCCAACAAGAAGGCUAUUGCCGUGACGCAGGAACUCAUUUGCAAGAGUGUCCUGUGUGCCAAUAACUCGGAUAUACUCAUCGAGACCAGAUUGGUUUCAACAAAAUAUGAAAAAAGUAAUACACUAGAUCCAGACGACAGCAAAUACACUGUAGAGGAGGAAGUUAUGCUGUUGUGGAACAAUAAAAAGUGUUCCCGCCUACUAUCAGAAUUGGCGGCAGAAGCCCGAGCGGACCCUGGCGGGCAGUCUGCCGCCAUCCUGGACUACUACCGCCACCAGCUCGACCUGUUCUCCAACAUGUGCCUCAACAGGCAGUAUCUCGCGCUCAACACUCUUUCUCCACAGCUGCAUAUACAUCUCAUACUCAAAUGUAUGUCUAACGCGAGCCUGUCGUACGAGGUCCGCGCGUCGUUCUGCCGCCUGAUGCUGCACCUGCACGCGGACAGAGACCCGCAGGAGCCGGUCACGCCCGUCAAGUACGCGCGGCUCUGGACCGAGGUCUGCGACCGGAUACACAUACACGACUAUCAAUGUGUGAAAGGCGGUCCCGAUGCUAACCGGGAGAAGGUUAAAGAGCAGUUUGCUUCCACCAUACGCUUCGUGGAAAACUACCUCUGUAACGUGGUUACCAAGACCUGGUACUUUAGUGAUCACGAUCAGAAUAAGUUGACCUUCGAAGUCGUUAAACUUGCCAGGGAGCUCAUCUACUUCGGAUUCUAUAGCUUCAGCGACCUUUUGCGGUUAACAAAGACACUACUGAGUAUUUUGGACUGCGUAACAGCUAUGGACCUCCUCAACGAGACAAACGCGCUCUCGGGCGAAGUGGAAUCUGAAGGCGGUGUAUUGCGCAGUAUAGGCGACAUGGGCGCUGUAAUGACAUCGAUUACACUUGGAUCUGUUGCUAGAAAUGCAAGUGGCAACACUUCAAGCGCAGGUCCAAGCAGCAGUGGAGGGGGGCUGCAGCGCACUGCAUCCGCGCUGUUACUGGCUCGCGAACAUCCUCUCGUCAUGGACACCAAGCUCAAGAUCAUCGAAAUAUUACAGUUCAUCCUAGACGUAAGAUUGGACUACCGCAUCAGCUGUCUCCUGUCUAUCUUCAAGAAGGAGUUCGAGCAGGCCGGUGAGAGGUCCGCCGACACUAUCGGCAGGGCUGAUGUGGAGGCUAUAGGCCUUCAAGCUGAGGGCAUAUUUAGCUGUCGGGAUGGUCUUGAUCUCGAUGAAUGCGGCGGCCGGAUGGUUCUCCGAGUCCUGCUGCAGCUGUGUUCCCAGGGUGCGUCUGCAGCUCUCGUGUCUGGAGCCCUGGCACUCCUAUUCCGGCACUUUAGUCAGAGGCAGGAAGUACUAGCUGCGUUUAAGCAGGUCCAACUUCUUGUGUCUGAUGCGGAUGUGGAGUCCUAUAAGCAGAUAAAAGCAGACCUGGACCUUCUUAGACAGAGUGUGGAGAAAUCAGAACUUUGGGUGUUCAAUAAGGGACGAGCAGUCCUUAUUGAUGAACAUAUUAGUGUGACGGGUACGGUCGUAGGCCCGGGCGGCGCUGUACUGGAACGUAAUACGUCGCUCGAGAAUGUUCUAGAUACUUCUAGAACGGCCAAACACGAUCACAACGAAUAUAAGAAAGUUAAGGAGAUCCUCCAGCGGAUGAUACGGUACUGCACCCACGGCAACAGCGGGGGCGGCGAGCCAGGCGAGUCAGGCCCGGCAGGCCAAUCAAGCCAGUCAGGCCAACCAGGCCGCCCUCGCAGACAUGAGCAGCGACUGCUUCGGAAUAUCGCUGUGCACAAUAUUGUACUGGAUCUAUUGCAAGUUCCUCAUGAUGAAGACGAUAUGGCGAUGGACGAGCUCCUGGCAUUAGCUCACGAGUUCCUCCAAAACUUCUGUCACGGCAACCAACAGAACCAGGCGAUACUUCACAAGCACCUGGACCUCUUCCUCAAUGCUGGAAUUCGUGAAGCGCAAACAGUGUGCGCCAUAUUCAAAGACAACGCGGCGCUGUGCGGUCACGAGGGCAACGAGAAGGUGGUGGCCCACUUCGUGCACUGCAUCGAGUCCCGCGGCCGCCGCCCCGAGUACCUGCACUUCCUGCAGACCAUCGUGCACGCCGACACCCAGUACAUACGAAGGAGCCAGGAUCUGGUUAUGCAGGAGAUGGUAAACGCAGGCGAAGACGUGUUAGUGUUUUACAAUGACAAAGUAUCGUUCAACAACUUCAUACAAAUGAUGCGCCAGUUCCGGAAGACCAAUGAAAUGCCGGAAGCGCUCAGGUAUCACAUACAACUAGUAAAAUUGCUGACAUGCUGCACGAUGGGCAAAAAUGUAUAUACAGAGAUAAAAUGCCACUCUCUCCUGCCGCUGGACGAUAUAGUAUCCAUGAUCACACAUCCUGACUGCAUACCCGAGGUAAAAGAAGCAUAUGUGGGCUUCCUGAACCAUUGCUACAUAGAUACAGAAGUGGAGAUGAAGGAGAUCUACUCCAGCAACUACAUGUGGGACCUCUUCGAGCGAUCCUUCCUGCACGAUAUGCAGGCCAUCCUGCAGGGAGAGAAUGCUCAUGCCGCUGUUCCAGGUCCAUCGUCAGAGGUUCCCUCAACGUCCCGGAAGCCGCCUCAGGUGGGCACCCAGAAGGCCUGGGUGAAUUACGUCACGGAUGUGCUCAUGCACACCAUAUGUACCUUCUUCAAUUCUCCGUUCAGCGACCAAAGCACUACUGUGCAGACUCGACAGUCGAUCUUCGUGAAGCUGCUGCAGACCACGUUCAGUAUAUACCAGUGUCCCUGGCUGACUCCGCCACAGAAGCUCAACGUCGAGAAAUGUAUACGUACACUCAGCGAAGUUGCCAAAACUCGAAGCAUAGCCAUCCCCUUGGAGCUGGAAGCCAAAAUCCAGACGGUGUUCGAGAAGGCGGCCGCCCUGUCGCGCCAGACCAGCAAGUGGCUUUUAGCCUCAAAGACAUCGAAGCUUGAGAAGAUGGCAUCACAAGCGAACCUCCAGAACGACAGGUCGGUGAUGGAGGGCCUGCAGGAGAUAGUGGCGCUGCUGGAGGAACAGCUGCGGCCGCUGCUGCAGGCGGAGCAGUCGCUGCUGGUGGACAUCCUCUACAAGCCUCACCUGCUGUUCACUGGCCACGGGGAUGCCGCCCACGCCGACACUAGCGGGAUUUUCAUCUCUAGACUAAUCCGUCACACAGAGAAACUUCUAGAAGAAAAGGAAGAGAAGUUAUGUGUCAAGGUAUUGCGCACUCUACGUGAGAUGAUGGCUGUGGAUCCUGAAUACGGAGAGAAGGGCAACCAACUCCGCUCGAAGCUGUUAUCCCAGUACUUCAUCAAUCGUAAAUCCGAACCCAAGAUCAUGCCCCCUCCGAGUUCUGUCACCGUCACCCACGGACCAGGUGCGAAAGUGCUGCUGAGGACUGGGCAGACCCUGGCUCAAGUACAGGCGCACCUGGACAAGGAAGGAGCAUCCGAUCUCGUGGUAGACUUGGUCAUCAAGAGUACCAAUCGACAAGCUAUCUUCCUAGAGGCUAUACAACUUGGCAUCGCGCUCCUCGAGGGUGGCAAUCCCAUAAUUCAACACAGCAUAUUUACCAAGCUGCAAAAUGGUGAAAUUUCGCAAGCAUUCCUAAAGGUAUUCUACGAUAAAAUGCGUGAAGCCCAGCAGGAGAUCAGGUCACUGGCUGCCAGCAGUACCUCUGCAGCCAGCACUGAGAAGCAGCGGUCUAGCUACUCAGAAAUCAAGAAGCCUGCCACUGGUGACGGUACCAAGUCUCCCAUGGUGCUGGUGGUGGGCGAGGAGAUGGAUGACGAGGUUAACAGCGCAUGCGGCUCCGCUGUUCACGCAUACUCGGAUAUACAUACUAUGUCUCAUGGUACAACGGCUUUAGAAGAAAUUAUGGCGGAGAAAAAGGAGGCUGGCAACUCUGACGUGCUACCUCCUAAGGUGGCCAUCAUGAAACCAAUUCUUCGAUUCUUGCAGUUGCUUUGUGAGAACCACAAUCCGGAUUUACAGAAUUUACUCCGCAAUCAAAACAACAAAUCUAACUAUAACCUCGUGUCGGAGACCCUUAUGUUCCUGGACUGUAUCUGUGGGUCCACCACUGGAGGUCUAGGCCUGCUGGGUCUAUACAUCAACGAGGGUAAUGUCGCUCUCAUCAACCAGACCUUGGAGACACUCACUGAGUACUGUCAAGGUCCAUGUCACGAGAAUCAAAACUGUAUAGCGACGCACGAAAGUAACGGUCUGGACAUUAUAACCGCUUUAAUUCUCAAUGAUAUCAAUCCGCUCGGCAAGACACGUAUGGAUCUAGUCUUAGAGCUGAAGAACAACGCCUCUAAGCUGCUCCUGGCCAUUAUGGAGUCGCGGAACGAUUCAGAGAAUAAUGCUGAACGUAUACUCUAUAACAUGAACCCCAAGCAAUUGGUGGAUGUUGCUUGUUCCGCUUACCAUCAGGAGCACGCAAUGGACGCUGACUCCGAUUCAGAAGAUGACGCCAUCGUCCAAGGAGUAUCUCCUAAGGAAGUGGGGCACAACAUCUACAUCCUAUGCCACCAGCUCGCAGCGCACAACAAAGAGCUGGCGGCGCUUGUGCGAGCUUCCCCGCAUGGCGCUAAUGCUGACGCCUUGCGCUACUACAGGACACACACCGCGCAAAUUGAAAUAGUCCGUACGGAUCGCAGUAUGGAACAGAUAGUAUUUCCUAUACCGGAGAUAUGUGAGUACCUACCAGCGGAUAGUAAGCACCGCGUCUUGCAAAGUGCCGAGCGGGAUGACCAGGGUAGCAAGGUCGCUGACUUCUUCUCAAGGCUUGAUAAUCUAUUCCACGAGAUGAAAUGGCAGAAGAAACUUAGAGGGCAAAGAUUCCUUUUCUGGGUUUCAUCCUACAUGUCUCUGUGGAGCAACAUACUGUUUAACUUCGCGGUUCUAAUCAACGUCAUUGUUGCUUUUUUCUAUCCGUUCCAAGAAGACACACCAAAGCUGGGCGAGCACCUGUCGCUGGUGGUGUGGGUGGUGUCGGGUAUCGCGGGUGCGCUGGUGACGUGGUUGCCGCGCGGGGGCGGAGCCCGAGCUUUGAUCGCGAGCGCCGCCGUGCGCUUCAUGUAUUCAGCGGGACCCGAGCCCACUCUCUGGAUGCUCGCUAUGCUCACUAUAGUGGUGAAAGGUAUCCACUUGGUGAGUAUUAUGGGUAACCAGGGUACACUAUCAAAGUCGCCAGGGAAGGUGCUCACGGACCCUGAACUGCUGUACCAUAGCGUAUACCUUGUUUUCUGCUUCUGCGGAAUAUGUUGGCACCCAUUCUUCUUUUCUGUUCUGCUGCUAGACAUAGUUUACCGCGAAGAGACUCUCUUGAACGUAAUGCGAUCUGUGACUCGCAACGGCCGGUCCAUCUUACUGACGGCGGUGCUGGCGCUUGUCCUUGUCUACAUGUUCUCCAUCGUAGGCUACAUGUUCUUCCGAGACCAUUUCCUUGUCGCUGUCGACAGGCUGGACGACGAUGACGACCCGCGGUUCGAGGUGGACGGGUGCUCGGGCGGCGACAAGUACGCGGGCCCCGCGGCGCAGUGCGGGCGCGGCGCGCGCCUCGUGGCCGUGGGCGGCGAGCUGCGCGAGCGCAGCUGCGACUCGCUCAUCAUGUGCAUCGUCACCACGCUCAACCAGGGGCUGCGCAACGGCGGCGGCAUCGGGGACAUCUUGCGCGCGCCUGCUAGCUUCGAGCCGCUGUUCGUAGCGCGUGUGGUGUACGACCUGCUAUUCUUCUUUGUGGUCAUCAUCAUCGUUCUGAACCUCAUCUUCGGUGUCAUUAUCGACACCUUCGCAGACCUCAGGAGUGAGAAGCAACAGAAGGAACUAAUUCUGAAAAACACCUGUUUCAUUUGCGGUUUGAACAGGUCAGCCUUUGACAACAAGACAGUCUCCUUCGAGGAACACAUAAAGAGCGAGCACAAUAUGUGGCACUAUCUCUACUUCAUGGUGCUGGUUCGAGUCAAAGACCCGACGGAGUUCACCGGCCCCGAGAGUUAUGUGCAUUCUAUGAUAAAGACAAGUAAUUUAGACUGGUUUCCACGUCUCCGAGCUCUGUCGCUGAUGGGAGGGGGUGAGGGCGAGGGAGGCGAGCUGGAACUCCGCGCGCUGCAGGCACAGCUGGACCGCGCGCAGCUCGCCGUGCACACCCUCACGGACCUCCUCACCGACCUCCGGGACCAGAUGACAGAGCAACGCAAGCAGAAGCAACGUAUCGGCUUACUAAACUCAACCUCGGCGUAUUUACAGAACUUGCAAAUGAACUUACCGCCGUAAACAACACGCCAUAAACAACACGCCAACACUUACCCGUGCCAAUAACCACGUAUUUUAUAUCCAUUUUAAACCUUAAGUCAUUUGUUUUAACGGUUAAAUUUCAGUACACACACUGUAGAAAACAGAAAAACUAAUAAAGU